CAGACGAGCAGGAAGAGCGCGCUGAGGUGUGUGCAACAGCAGCAGCAACAGCAGCAGGAGCCUCCGCCUCCCCAGGGCUGGGGCAUGGCCGACAGCGCCAGCGAGAGCGACACGGACGGCGCGGGGGGCAGCGGCGGCGGUCCGGGGGUGUCUCUUCCCGGCUGCCCGGCGGGGCCUGGCUCCUCGGGGGGCAGCAAAGCGGGCGGCAUCGUGAUCUCGCCGUUCCGGCUGGAGGAGCUGACGAACCGCCUGGCGUCGCUGCAGCAGGAGAACAAGGUGCUCAAGAUCGAGCUGGAGACCUACAAGCUCAAGUGCAAAGCGCUGCAGGAGGAGAACCGCGACCUGCGCAAGGCCAGCGUCACUAUCCAAGCAAGGGCAGAGCAAGAAGAGGAAUUUAUCAGUAAUACUCUGUUUAAGAAGAUUCAAGCUUUGCAGAAGGAGAAGGAGACACUUGCAGUGAACUAUGAAAAAGAGGAAGAAUUUCUCACUAAUGAGCUUUCAAGGAAGCUGAUGCAGCUACAGCAUGAAAAGGCUGAACUCGAGCAGCAUUUAGAACAGGAACAGGAAUUCCAAGUGAACAAAUUGAUGAAGAAAAUUAAAAAACUGGAAAAUGAUACCAUUUCAAAGCAGCUAACUCUGGAGCAGCUAAGACGUGAGAAGAUAGAUCUUGAAAACACCCUAGAACAAGAACAAGAAGCACUAGUGAACCGUCUCUGGAAGAGAAUGGACAAACUUGAGGCAGAAAAACGAAUUCUACAGGAGAAAUUAGACCAGCCUGUUUCUGCUCCUCCAUCUCCAAGGGACAUAUCAAUGGAGAUAGACUCUCCAGAGAAUAUGAUGCGGCACAUCAGGUUUCUAAAGAAUGAAGUAGAGAGGUUAAAGAAACAACUCAGAGCUGCACAGUUACAGCAUUCUGAGAAGAUGGCACAGUAUUUGGAGGAAGAACGCCACAUGAGAGAAGAGAACUUAAGGCUCCAAAGAAAAUUACAGAGAGAGAUGGAGCGAAGAGAAGCCUUGUGCAGACAGCUGUCAGAAAGUGAAUCAAGUUUGGAAAUGGACGAUGAGAGAUAUUUUAAUGAGAUGUCUGCACAAGGAUUAAGACCACGCACUGUGUCCAGUCCAAUUCCAUAUACACCUUCACCAAGUUCUAGCAGACCUAUAUCACCUGGUCUCUCGUAUGCAAGUCACACAGUUGGCUUUACUCCCCCAACUCCACACACCAGAGCCGGCGUGUCUUAUUAUAACAACCCAGGCCUUCAUGUGCAGCAUAUGGGACCAUCCCAUGGUAUUACAAGACCAUCGCCCCGAAGAAGCAACAGCCCUGACAAAUUCAAGCGUCCCACUCCUCCGCCUUCUCCCAAUACACAGACCCCGCCGCUGCAGCCUGCCCCUCCACCUCCGCCACCCCCUGUGCAGCCUGCAGUCCAGUCGCCAGCCACUUUUCAACAUUCAAUGCAUCCUUCUUCUCAGCCUUAGUGCAUGUGCUCAGCAAAUCUGUAUUCCGAGUUGGACUCAUAACACAGAGCAGUUUACUACAAGCCAAAGGCUUACAAUGGUAUAUUUGGAUUUGACUUAUUUGCACUGAAGUUUUUGAGGCUUCACUGUUUAAUUGUGUUGUACAAGUUUGUCAGAGGCUCAAAUGUUAUCACAUCUUCUACAUGGAAAUCGCUUCUGUGCAAGGGGG